AUCAUGCUGAACAGACCGUCAGGGUUAUGCAUGGCAAAGAAAUAAAUGGCCGAGCCUUAUAUGCCAGCCGCGCCCAACGCAAAGAAGAACGUCAGGAGGGACUCAAACAACGCCUCGAAAAACAGCGGGCUGAGCGUCUCGAAAAUCUUGACGAUAACAUCGAUGAUGAAAGACUAAAGGUAGCGUUUUCGCACUACGGCCCGACCACUAGUGCAAAGGUGAUGACUGAUGCAAACGGGCGUUUUAAAGGUUUUGGUUUUGUUUGCUCCACGCAGCCGGAACAGGCAGCUCGGACUGUCAUUGAAAUGAACGCCACUUUGGCGGGCUUCAAACCUUAGGCAGCUGCUAUGUCGGGUGGAAUGCCGGCUCAACUUGGCGGGAUUGUCUCUGCGCGUCCGCCGAUGCCCACUCAAUGUAUUGGUGCACCAAACCCUGCAGCGGGUGUCGCAGCGAACCAAAUGGCUACAAUGGCUCAUCUACGGUCUCCGGCUAGUGUGGGUCGUCCGAUCAUGCCUAAUGCUGCAAUGUCAGCUAUGCCAGCUGACCCGCAUGUGCCUGGUUCGGUUAUGAUGAACCAUGCUGCUGAGCAGAGGCAGUCUGCCGGUCGACCCAGAGUUCCGAUGCAGCAGGUCAUGACUGGUCCUGCAGGUGGCAUGCCACGACCAUCUAUGGCUUCAGUGGUGGCUGGUGGCCCUUAUGUCCGGCCGAUUGCUCCUCAGGUUCCACGAAAUGUUAUGCAUCCCUCAAUGGGUGCGAUGCUGGGUGCUCCUGUCAAGCUCAAUGGGAAUCGUGAAGUGAUUGGCACUCUUCGUGGUUUCGAUGCGUUCAUGAACAUCGUGAUCAAUGACGCCAUGGAAAUCACCAAGGACGGACAGCAGUUACGGAUCGAUAUGGCAGUUAUUCGCGGCAACAGUAUAAAUAUCGUAGAGGCGAUUGAUCGUGUGUAACCGUGUGUUUUGGUCAAUCUUUGUACAGUCCUGACCUGUUGGAAAUUUUGUCAUAAACUUUUUAUCGAGUAAAAUUACUUUUGGC